CUGCUGCUGCUGAGCUGCUGAGGAUACACAGCCGGAGGAAUUAUGCCCUGCCCAGCAGCGGCUUUGCCCAUUUGAAGAGGUGACCUAUGUACACCAAGUAGUCAUAAGUCCGGGGGAUCUCCCCGUGUUUUUGUUUAUUAUGAGUAUGGAAGAUUAUGACUACCUGUUCAAAAUAGUUCUGAUAGGAAAUGCUGGAGUUGGGAAGACAUGUCUUGUCCGGCGCUUUACUCAGGGCCUUUUCCCACCUGGACAAGGGGCUACUAUUGGAGUAGAUUUCAUGAUUAAAACUGUGGAAAUCAAAGGGGAGAAGGUCAAGCUGCAGAUAUGGGACACAGCUGGACAGGAGAGAUUUCGCUCCAUCACUCAGAGUUAUUACCGUAGUGCCAAUGCCCUCAUUCUUACGUAUGACAUUACCUGUGAGGACUCCUUCAGGUGCCUUCCAGAGUGGCUGAGGGAGAUUGAGCAGUAUGCCAACAACCAAGUGGUGACUAUAUUAGUCGGUAAUAAAAUAGAUCUGGCAGAGAAGAGAGAGGUUCUCAGGCAGAGGGCCGAAGACUUCGCCGAGGCUCAGAGCAUGCUCUAUCUGGAGACGUCAGCCAAAGAGUCUGACAAUGUUGAGAAACUUUUCCUCGACCUGGCCUGCGAACUCAUUCGAGAGGCCAAGCAGAACAAGCUGGAUAACAAUGACACUGCCCCGAUGCCCGGCGAGGGUAAAACCAUCAGUUACUUGAGCUGCUGCAGCCUCAAUUAGAGAGAGCUCAGCCGUCUGGCCAUGGCAACUCAGUAGCCAUUGACUGUAGAGGGUAGAUGGCUAAGCCCCAAUGCCUCCGUCCCGCUAAGAUGGCAUAAUGCCACUUCUUAGUCUGGUCAUUUCUAGUCCCAUGCCUUUUUUAAGCUGUACAAGGGAGUUAGUCAACUUUAGUUUGGCCUUCCAGGAACAGGCAUUUUAAUAUGCUGCCAUUAUGGAGAACAUAAUCCUCAGUGCAACAUAAUGUAAAGUGUUUGCCUGAUGCAUCCAGGAAUCUGAGUAGGGCUCCAUUUUAUCCUCAUUGUGAAAUUGCAGGAUUUUCCUGUUUGGGUUUUAUGAUCCAUUUUCAUCAGACAUCAAUAUUCACCAGCAGUAUUAUGUGAGUGAAAAGCUCUGCCAGGUAUUUUGUCACAGAUCCCACAUAGCUGACGAGACGUUUUACGAUCAUCGGAGGUUAUCGGUUAAUGGUAACAUGUUUACAUACAGGACAUUUUUGAAAUUUGCUAAGUUUGAUCAAAUGGCAAAAAAAAACAACAACAACAGCUUUGCAAAUUUACCUAAAAAUCUGUUGCACAAUCAUUUAUUUUCCACUACGGUUUCUUCUGCUCUGAGAAUAGCGUACAAUGUUAUUAACUUACAUAAUUUCAUUUCCGAAUCAUUAUUUGCACCUGUCAUUACAUACUGUGAAAUAUUUGUUCCCAAUAGAAUUAUUUUUACUUGCUGCUAAAAUAUGUUUUUAAGUCAAAUAACAUAAACUCAAAAAUGUGUAAAAAAUACUACAGUAUUCUGUGACGCCAUUAUUAUUAUUUUUUUUAGUAUACUUGCAGUGCUUGUGAUUAGUCGGUUGAUUUUAGUUUUGAAGCCGUCGGAAAGGCCGUCAUCAGCAGAAACUACGAGCAGUUUUAAUCGAGUGAGAUUGUUUUGACCGUCAGCUUUUUUCUUUUCGUUACCCAUAGACGUGAAUAUCUCUGCCUUUUGUUGUUGCUGCCUAGCCAUGAAAUUGUUUGAAGGGGUAUGUUCAUGUAGUUUCGUAUGACUCGUUGUAUUUCAUAUGCUUUUAUUGUGAAACUCCUCGAUUGUUGAGCAUGUUUAGCCAUAAUUUGUAGUGUCUAACUUUUAUCUUUCAUAUAUUUGCCAUAACUGUAAUGUACUGUAUUGCACAAUGCCAUAUACUGCACACUUAUUUUUAUCGUAACAUUUUGUCUUUUUUUUUUGUUGUACAGAUUUAGUACUGUAGUACAUCUCGGCACUUUGCUUUUAUAAUUUUGUAUUUUCAGUAAUCCCUUUGUAAAACUGGCGAGCGUUUUGUUUUGCCUUUUACCUUUUAGAUUUAACAGCAGUUACUCAUGGCUAAUCCCUUGCAUCUUCCUGUCGAGACAAUAUGGGAAAUACAAAGGAAACACUAUUGGGAUGUUGUGCUUCUUUUCCUUUAUGUGUACAAAGUAAUCCCUAAAAUACUCUGUAUAACAUUAAACAGUAACACUAAA